GCAACUGCUACUCUGAGGAUUUGGAGCCCUCUGCUCAGCCUCCUGUGGAAGAACUUGAGGUGCCUCUGGUCAGCAGGUUGCACUGUGCCUCACCCCAGCUGUGGCCCAACUUGGGCCCUCCAUGCCAUGCCAGCCUGAGCCAGUGCCUGGUGAGGCUAGGUCAGGCAAGGCCCUGGCCUCACACCGUCCGAGUGAGCUGCCUGCUAAUGGGACUGGGCCACCCUGUGCUGCUCCCUAGAGGCUGGACAAGGCGAGAAUUGUUCCCGACUGCCCUUUGUCUUCCCCACUCCCCGCCCAGGCCUGGCCCUCCUUGCCACUGUGCUCUGUCUGCCCAGCUCUGAUCCCGGUCAAGCUUGGGGUAAGGACACACUCCUUGGGCUCUGUGACUCCUCCUAAGGUCAACGUGGUUUCCAGGCCACCAUGCUCAGUCUCAAGCUGCCCCAACUCCUCCAGGUCCAUCAGAUUCCCCGGGUGUUCUGGGAAGAUGGUAUCAUGUCUGGCUACCGCCACCCUACCAGCUCAGCCUUGGACUGUGUGCUCAGCUCCUUCCAGAUGACCAACGAGACAGUCAACAUCUGGACACACUUCCUGCCCACCUGGUACUUCCUGUGGCGGCUGAUGGCCCUGGCGGAGGGCCCAGGUGGUGCAGAACCUUACCGCCGGCCGCUGCUUGUCUUUCUGCUGCCCACCUGCCUCUACCCCUUCACGUCGUGCUGCGCGCACAUCUUCAGCUCCAUGUCACCUCGCGCGCGGCAUAUCUGCUACUUCCUGGACUACGGUGCGCUCAGCCUCUACAGCCUGGGCUGCGCUUUCCCCUACGCUGCCUACUCCAUGCCAGCCUCCUGGCUGCACAGUCCCCUGCACCAGUUCUUUGUGCCUGCCGCCGCGAUCAACUCCUUCCUGUGUACCAGCCUCUCCUGCUACUCCCGGUUCCCAGAGCUGGAAAGCCCUGGGCUCAGUAAGGUCCUGCGCACAGCUGCCUUCGCCUAUCCCUUCCUGUUCGACAACCUCCCACUCUUCUACCGGCUCGGGCUGUGCUGGGGCAGAACCUACAGCUGUGAGCAAGAGGCGCUGAGCUCCAGCCAUGGCUACCACCUCCUGUGCGCACUGCUCACUGGCUUCCUCUUCGCCUCCCACCUGCCGGAGCGGCUGGCCCCUGGACGCUUUGACUACAUUGGCCACAGCCACCAGCUAUUCCACAUCUGUGCCGUCCUGGGUACCCACUUCCAGCUGGAGGCGGUGCUAUCUGAUAUGGGAUCGCGCCAAGCCUGGCUGGCCAUGCAGGAGCCACCUCUGGGCCUUCAGGGCACCGUGGCCACAUUGGGCCUGGCUGUGAUUGGGAACCUGCUUAUCAUUGCCGCCUUUACAACCUCCCUGCUUCGGGCCCCUGGAACGUGCCCUUUGCUGCAAGGUGGCCUACCAGAAGGGGGGUCCCAGGCUAAAAAACAGUAAAGCCCCUUCUGUCCCCAGCUGGAAGGCAGCAGAGGCUGGCUGGGAUCCAAGGUGGGAGCACAGCAGAGCCUGGAACAACAGUGGCUGAUGAGGGGCAGGGAGAGGACACAGAGAGGAGGGACAUCUAGGGCAUUGGUAGAGUGAUGGAGACUGGGGGGGGGGGCAUUGUGGGCAUAGGGAUGUGCUGAGGGUUUGUGAGGGGAGAUGUGGGUAUCCAGGGCAGGAUGGGGUGUCAGGCCUUCAUCUGGCCCUGUUGAUAGUACUCCUGAAGUCUGCUCAGCCUGGGAGGACCUGACCUGACUAAUCUAGGCCCAGUUCGCAUUAACCAGGCCCAGAGGCCACCUUCUGCCUCCACCAGAAGCAAGUGGUACCUGGGAUGCAAGCAGCUGUUUUGUGACAGAGACUGUGUCCUCAAGGUGUCCAGACCUUAGGUGCUGGAUGGUUUGGAUGGAAUGCAGGUGGAGAAGGGUAUGGGGCCCAAGGGGGAACCCUAGACUUUAGGAAGCCAGCUUCAAUGCUUUCUGGAACAGAGCAGAUACACUGAAUAAACUGGACUUGGAAACAC